AUGGCGGGUAUAGCCACUGCGUAUUCGACCGAGGCGCUGACCCCAUCUGGAGGGCUCGAUCACGAAAAAUGGGAAUUUGCGGUGCCGCUUGGAAAUGAGGAGACUCAACAUUCCACGAGACCUCGACAUUCUCACGAUUCAAACCCCGCCCGGGCGAGAUCGACCAAACAACGUAAUUCACAUGGCUCCCGAAGCUCCUCUGUCUCCCGCACGCUGCAGUCGCAUGGCCGACGCGAUCACAGUGUACAUCGACAUGGAAAUGACCUGGCCGGUGCCCCUGGAGCGGAAGCGAUCGCAUAUCGUGACGUUGAGAUCUCGGAUCCCCAGGAUGGAUAUGGAGCACCGGAAGAGAUCAGCGAAAAUUGGAUUCAUCGAGACAAAUUGGCGAAGAUUGAGAGCGAGGAGCUUCAGCAGGCGGCAAUUCUCUUCCACCGGCGGAUGAGGGCUGGAAGCAAGUCCAGCGCCGGGCCAGGCAAGGGCCACGAUGCUCAUCAUGUGGGCAACGCGUACGGCUCCACGACGCAGCCCACAUCGCCCGCGGCAGAGCGCUCGGAGCCCUGGCCGGAGCUUCACGAGGAUCGCGGAAGACCCAUUGAGAUGGACGAUGGCCCUAACGACGAGCGGAAAAAGUGGGAUCUGCGUCGCCCGGAAGAGAUCGCUUCUCAUGAGACUACGCCAAGUCUGUACAGCAACCCAGGUCUACGGAAGAGCUCGUCGAGGAUUCCCAUCUCGACCGCGAGUCCUGUCCCGAUCGGUCGCCGGAGCCGUGCGACCACGGGUGAGCUUGACGACGACGAGUGGGGUCGUGGCCGCCGCGCAAGUGAGCCCAUGAUGGUUGAGCCGGACACAUCGACCCCAUCGCCCGGGAGUCGUCCCGUCAGCCGUGGCUUCAGCACGACCCAGAAUACCCCGGCCAAGAAGACGCCCGCGAAGGGGACUAGCACAACCAGAUCGAACAGCCGCAAGACCUCUGCGCCUGCCGGCAACAGGAAACCGUCUAGCGCGAGGUCACGGACUGUCUCCGGCAACACUUCCCAGCGACCUGUGACUCGUGGAGGAGAAGCCCGGCCUCCCAACACGAUCAACCGCCCCGAAGGCGAUCCCCCAUGGUUGGCAACCAUGUACAAGCCCGAUCCUCGUUUACCGCCAGACCAGCAAAUGCUGCCGACGAUCGCCCGGAAGAUGCAGCAAGAGCAAUGGGAAAAGGAAGGUCGUGCACCCACCACGUAUGACCGUCACUUUGCCCCACUUGCUGUUCAUGCCGACGAGCAGCCUCGUGUCCCCGCCAAGGUGGAGGAACCGGCGCCUGAAGAGAAGCCAGAAGACAAGGUGGAGGAGCCAGCACGAUCGAUCAAGAGCCCCGAGCCACCCCGGCCCAACACGAGCACCGGCUAUAGCACAAUGCCAAAGGUGCAGGACACCCCGCAAGUGGGCCUCACGCCCAAUCCCAACUGGAAUCCACCCGUGGUGACUGCCCAGCAGCCUCUGAAGAAAGAAAAAGGUUGCGGGUGUUGCAUUGUUAUGUAG